AAGAGUAGAUGGGGGCCAGAGUGUAUUUAAUCCUCGAUCAAGCAAUCUAGAGUGGAACUGUGUGAACCCAGGACCGCUGCCUGUUACAGUAGCUUUCCCCUUCCACAACUUUUUCAAGUUUCCCGCUAUAAAUUUUCCAACAUUUUUUACACCGUUUCAAAAAUCAAUCACAAAAAGACAGCAAAACAGAGAGAACGAGAGAUGAGGAAGAGAUCAACCAGGAAAUCAGCAGCAGCUGCUCUUCUAGCAUCACCCCCACCACCGCCUUCGGCCACGGCGGCGGAUACUAGGAGCCCCACUCUAUCACCGGCGGAAUCUCCCGCAGUACAAUUUGACUUCAAUCUCAAUGGAUUCACCGAUAUCGCCACGUCACUGAAGAAGAAGAGCAAUAGACACGGCAGUGCAGCUGCAUCUGGCUCCAAGCGGAUGCUACCUGCUGGAUUUUCUCCAUUGCCGCAGCUAUCGCGGAAAAGUGUAAACACGAUUUCUGAUCUGAAGGAUCUGGCGUCGUCUAAUCUGGACUCCAUCAAGCGCCAGCUGGAAAUGUCGCAUGCGGAGCUUUUGAAGGAUAAUGAGGCAUCGAAGUGUCGUCUUCAGAAACGCUUCAAGCUCCAGACUCAAGAAUGUCAGAAGCUAAUGGAAGAAGCAGAGAAAAACUAUAAGGAGAUGUCUGAUCGAAUCAAUGAAGGUCGAGAAGCAAUGAAGGCUUCAUAUGCAGAGUUUAUAGCAGAAGCACAGGCAACUGCUUCUCGUUUUUGCAAAACAUCUCUCUCCGAGCUUGCAAAAACUUCUGAGAAAGCUAUUGAUUCACUUCGGAGCCGUUAUGGGAUCUCAUCAACCGCAGCUUGAUGCACUUGCUGGAAUUCUUAGGAUUCAAAUGCUUACAUUCUGGAGAUUGCAUGAAGAAGCCAUCCGAGAGUCUGUUGCAGCAAUUUUUAAUGCCUGAAAUAGUAAGUCUGAGUUAGUUGAGAGUCUUCUUUCUUCGUGAUGGUAAAUAACCUUCUUAUAUGUGCAAUGGAUUAUCAAAGAAGAAAGAGAAAAAUAGAUGUAGUCAUUUAGCCAUCUCUAGUAAUUGACAAAUAGAUGUAGUCAUUUAGCCAUCUCUCGUAAUUGACAAAUAGAUGUAGUCAUUUAGCCAUCUCUCGUAAUUGACAGUAAAGUCUAGCUUCCUCCUUGAUUCCCUUAUCUGCAUAUGUUCUUAUAAGAAUUGUUUCGACUUGUUAGAAAAGCUUCCUAUAUUUGAUCUCUCAGGAGAGAGGCCGAUGUUGAAUAAUGUCCAGCUCUUAAGUGUCCCCCCAAAAGAAAUGUAAUACCAGUAUAUUUUAGCUUUUAACGAAUAUAUAUAUUUUGGUUAUUUUAACUGGGAUUUGGUUCAUAGUAAGGGUGUAAAUACCCAAAUUUAGAC